AUGGCUCAAAAAGAAUAUAAAAAACUUUACAAAGAAAUUGAGGUCAUUGGCAGAGGCAAUUUCGGCUCAGCAACAUUAGUUGAAAAAUUAGACAAUAAAAAGUAAUAUAUAGCAAAGAAAAUAGUUCUUAGUAGUUUAAACCCUAAGUAAUAAGAUAGUGCUCUUCAAGAAGCAUAGUUGUUGAAGGAUUUAAAUCAUAAAAAUAUAGUCUCAUAUAUAGAAAGCUUUAAAGAAGAAGACUUAUUAAUAAUUAUCAUGGAGUAUUGCGAGCAUGGAGAUUUAGCGUUUCAUAUUAAGAGAAAGAAACAAAAGAAAGAGUAUUUUCCUGAAAUGUUAAUCGUUAACUGGUUCUAUGAACUAGCACUUUCUAUAAAAUAUAUACACGAAAAAAAGAUUUUGCAUAGAGACAUCAAAACUUCAAAUAUUUUUAUUACCAGAGACGGUACUAUUAAAAUUGGCGAUUUUGGUAUAUCUAAAGUGUUAGAAAACACCACUUCAGUGGCAAAUACAGUGGUAGGCACUCCUUACUACAUGAGUCCAGAAGUUUGUGAAAGCAAACCUUAUACUUAUAAAUCUGAUAUUUGGGCUUUAGGCUGCGUUUUAUACGAGCUCUGUGCUCUCGAGCAUGCAUUUGAAUCUAAUAACCUCUUAGGACUUAUAUUUAAAAUUGUUUAACAAAAUAUAUCUGACAUUCCUAGUUUCUAUUCGAAAGAGCUUAAUGAUUUAAUUCACAAGCUUUUAAAUAAAAAUGAGCAGGAGAGACCAGUUAUCAAUGAUAUACUUAAUGACAUAAGCACUUAAAAACUCUUUAAAUAAUAUUUAGAAGUAAGAGUAGAUCCUUCACAGGUAAAAUAAGAUCAGCAAAUAAGCCACUCAAAAAGGUCCUCAAACAAUCACCAUCAUCACUAAGGCCUUUCGAACGUCAAUGACGGGAAAGGUAACAGUACAAAUAAAGAAAACAAUGCACAAAACUAAUUUAUAAUUACAGAUAAAACUAACAUUCCAAAAACUAACAUGUAAGAUGGUACUACUUCUAUAUAGACUGUAGAUAGUUAAAUAUAUUAAAUAAAUAACUAACAGCUUUAGAAUGCUUAAAAUCAACAUCACCAUGAACAUAAAGAAGAACCAGAAUAUAAAAUAAAGGCUAAGAUUAUAAAAAGAAACGUUUACACUCCUGAUACACUGACUAAAAACAAUAGUGAGCGCCCUAGUUCAUAAAUUUCUAAUAGCAAUACACAUGCUCAUUUAAAAUAAGUUGGUAAUAGUAAUAAUACUAGUAAUAACGUUAGCAACAAUGUAAACAGUAAUGCCAAUACUAAUUAUACAAGCAACAAUAAUAUUGCAAUUAGUAAUAAUACGAAUAACAAUGAUUUUAAGGAUGGGACUCAUGAUGAAUAUUACCAUGAUGAAGAUCUUAAUACCUUCAAAUCUCAAAGAAAUAAAUUUGAUGAAUCAACUGCUAUCAAACAUAACAAUUUUAUAAAGUAGGAUUCUCCAGUAACAUUAUAAAAAGUUAAAUCAUAAUCUACUUUCAACCAUCAGUCUAAAUUUAAGAAAGAGGAUGGCUCUAAGCAGUUUGAUAUGUUCUCAUCUUCUAGAAAUGCACCUCAUUAACAAGCUGCUUCUCAACCUCAUAAUAUUAUGGUAAAUAGCUAAGGGAACUAAAGAAAUUAACAGUAUCAGAAUAUUUGUUAACAAAUUGCAUCUCAUGAAUAAACAUACAAUCAGCCAAGUUUUGUAAAAUAAACCCCAAAGUAGUUAGCAUAACGUAAAAAAGAAGAAAAGACUAGACUUUAAUAAGAAUAAUUAACAGAAUACACCAAAUCUUAAAUAAAAAACUCUAUGAUAUCUCGUGAGCGUUACAUUCAAAAUGUUUAUGGCGAAAAGUUUUUAUCAAAUUAAAGUGUACUUAAAUAAUAUGAAGAAAGUAUUCACAAGUAGCAAAAGAAUUUACAUUUAGAACCUAUUUAACUAAAUAAUAUGAAUAAUGCUAAGUAAUUACUCAAAAAUAACUUUAUGAGCGAUAGAAACUCGUCUCCAAUUAAUCGUCACUAAUAGACUAACUUUAUGAUGGUUGAAACUCAAUUCUAGUAAGACAUCCCAAUACCUUCUAUUAAUGGACAUAAUCAAAGAUCUCCUAAUAGCUAUAAGCAAUAGAUAGAUAAUGUAAAUAUUUAUUCUGAAAUAGACUAUCCCAUAGAGACAUCAGAGAAAUUUGCAGUAUCUACUUAAAUUAAUCGCCGAAGAAACAACAAUGGUUCCAAAAGCGAUGUAGCAUCAUUAAUUUAAGAAGAUGAUUAGUAAAAAGGCACUUAUAAUAUGAUUCAUAGAAAUGUACCAAGCUAUAAAAAUUAGUUUGCUUUCCUUAAUGGAGGUGUAUAAAAAACAUUUAAAUUUCACACAUAAUAAGACGAGCUAGCAGAAAGUGAGGUUUUAGAUUAGCAGAAUGUUUAAAAUAAAUUCAAUCUAAAUAAACAAAAAGCUAAAAUACAACAAAUGUAAUAAGAUUAAAGCACUCAUGCACAUUAAUAAGGUGGAGUUAGCUAUUCAAAUACUCAAUUUGAAUCAGAUUUAAAUUUAGAUUAAAUAAAAAACAACGAAACAAUUUAUCAAGACAUCCCUCUGCCAAAUGUUAAAAAAACAGAUAGUGAGGCAUUGUCUUCACCACAUUAAAAUAGUUUUGAGAGCUAUUUUAGUAAGGAAGAAAUUACUGAUUAAGUAUAAGAAAAUAGCAAAUAAUCAUAAAAUAAUAAAGGUUUGUAGUAUAAAAUUAAAACAAAAUAGCUCCAAUCUACCUUCAAACAUGCUAAGUAGCAAAGAUAAGAAACAUAAGAAGAUGAAUAUGAUCAAGAAUAGUUCGAAGAUUAUUUUAGUGAUGAGGAUGCAGAAAUGAAAAAACAGUUAAAAUAAGCUUAAAAUAGUAACAGCAAUAACAACAACAGUAACAAUAAUAAAGAACAAAAUAGAAAAUCAUCUAAUUAUUCAAAUAGUAGCAAUAACAACAAUAAUAAUAACAAAAAUAAUCAUUUAGAAUCAAUUGCAGAAAAUGAUUGUGAAUAAACUUAAUUUACCCCUUUGUAAUCAAUGAUUGGACAUUAGCAGGUAUUAAAUUUUCAGUAGAGCGUACGAAAAUAAUCUAAUGGAAAAUCUUAGGUCACUAACUAAGAUUCUUUAAAACAAUCUAAAAAUCUCCAACGUUAGAACUCUAGCAAUUCAAAUGAUGAUUUACCACCCUAGCGUUUGAGCAAUAAUCAAAGUAGAAACUCUCCUAAAAACGCGAAUGACAAUAGCUUUAAAAAUAAUUCAAAUCCAUAAAUGAAUUUAAAUCAAAGCAAGCUAAUUAGUCUUAGAAAGAAGUGCUAAUAAAGUCUUGGAGACCAUUUCGAUAAAGUUUAUGACAUUAUUUAAAAGUCAAACUAACAAAAUAUAAAAGAUUAAAAAAUGUUAUAGAUGCUUGUUGAUAUAGUAGGAAAAUCAAAAAUAAAUGAUUGCUUUGAGGUUGAAUAGCUUAUAUUCAUAGAAGAGGAAAUGAGAAAAAAGUGA